UUAAGAUUAAGUAUUAUUUGUAUGUCGUUGAAAACAUGGACUACAGACAUUUGUUUAAUAAGAUAUUUCUGUUUUCAUUAAUGAUUCCAAUUACAGAUGUAUACUCACUCACACUCAGUGUUUACCAGAGCGCUGACAAAGCAGUUUUGGGUGACAACCCGUUUACACUGUCAUGUACAUACACAACUGGUUUGCUGGAACAGUUGUAUUCUAUUCAGUUGAUGAGGAAGCGGGUGUCAGAUUCAGAUUUUACAACAAUAGUGACUUUCGAUAGCCCUUUGAGUCCUCUUAAUGCAACUUAUACAGAUUCUUCACUGGAAUCUAGGACAGUAGCAACAAAACCAACGGCAGACAGUAGUACAGCAACACUUGUGUUUAACACAGUAAAGUGUGAUGAUAAAGCUACAUAUAAAUGGAAGGCAUUUUACUCUGACGGAACAAAUAGGAAUGUCGAGGAAACUUUUACUUUUACUGUGAAAGCAAAAACAUUGUUUUGGCAACAGGAUCAUCGUUCUCUUUCCUACGCACCAAGUACUAACCUAGAAGAGGGUGAUAAUGUUGUAUUCACCUGCUCUGGGGAUGUUGGUAACGAACCAGUUGGUCUCCUAGGCUGGUUCUACUAUCUGUACAAUGAUAUAUCAAAUGCUAUUAACGCAUCAAGUAAAGCUACAUCAACAGCUCCAGUAUACGUGUCAAGCACCUGUAGUUAUACCCGCACAUCUACUCUACAACUUACAAUGACAAGGGACUUCAACGAUCUUGUAGUGAGAUGUACAGUUCAACAGGAUAAGUACGAUCAGUUUGGCGAUGGUAACGUACAAACAGAAAAUAUUCCAGUCUAUUAUGCUCCAAGAAUUUCUACCAUACCUAAUACUACAAUCAAUGAAGGUCAGGACAUGUAUGCUAUAUGUGAUGCAGACUCGUAUCCAGCACCUGUGUAUAGAUGGCUCCUAGCCAACGGUUCCGUGAUUCGUGGACCGCAUCUAGUACUUGCAAGCCCUACAGUUGAAGAUACUGGAUUGUACACAUGCAUUGUUUACAAUACAUACAAGAGUGAAAACCAUACCGUAAAAAGGAUUACCUUUAUUCAGAUUUUGAAGACACCUGCCAUUUCUACAACAGUGGCAUCAAAAAUGACAUCAACAAUGACAUCGACAAUGAUAUCGACACAUGUUCAGAAAUCGUCUUCAGACGAUGCUGAAAAGUCAACAGACACCGCGGCAUUUAUUGGUGUAGGGGUUGGAACAUGUGUGUUUACCCUCAUUGUCGUUGGAAGUGUACUUGUUGUGACCAGGUACAUUCGAGGAAGACGAAAACAUAUCCAAAACGACGGAAAUGGAACGCAUAUUGGAAGAGAAACAUCCAAUGUUUCUUGCGAAGUGGGCGUGCAAACGGGUUACCACAUUUACUAUAACGACCAUCGUAUACAAGGUAGGGGGAAUGUCCGUCCUGAAGCAGGAUCAGUUAGAGACUAUGAAAACCCCGUACAAUAUGACAAAUUGGACGAUUGUAAAAGGGAAGAUUACCAAUACACUGGACUUCAAUCUAACUAUGAAGAAUUAAACGAUGCUAAAAGAGAAGCAAAUGCAUAUACCAUCAUGGAAAGUACCUCAAGAAAUUAGACAGAAACAAAAUCUUUUUAUUUAACAACCACAGAAAACGCUUUAACAUGAAAAUGUGUCUUUCCUCGUAUGAUCUCUUGCAUCCAUCGGAAAUAUAUGGCUCGAUCUUUGUAUAGUAGCCACUGGCCUUGUGAUAUUACCGGUGAUUCAACUUUAUAGGAGACUUAUUGAAUGACUAGCCGGUCAAUAGUAAAACCUAAUGACCGAGAGCAUAUAGUUUUUACUGUUGGCCGACAAGCCAUUCAAUGUUUUAUUACAUGACAUCAGAAAUGAAUCUUCUAAUUUGUUCAGUGUUGACUUUAUCCAAGCAAAAUAUUGUGUUGAAUUACAGUCCGGUUAAUAGGACACACUACGAACCUGGGAUUUAUAUGAAUCAUAUAAUAAUAGAUGGUAUUUUACAGUAUGCGAAAUUAUUCACAUGUAGUGUGACAACAUUUCUUUGUUUGUUUUGGGUUUAACGCCGUUUUUCAACAGUAUUUCAGUUAUGAAACCUACCUAGUGUUCCUGGAUUCCGAACCAUUAGUUCAAAAUGUUAAGGUCAUAGGGCUUUGAACUUCUAAAGUGGUUUCUCCUCAAUAACCGUAGACGCAUUUGAUAUAGAACCUUCGAACUUCAUGGACCUUUUAGUUUCACUUGAAAAUUUCUUACAAAUAAUAUAGUCAAAGAUAUUUUUACUGCUUUAAGUAUGUUUCUGAUACAGCUUGCUUCAAACGAAACAAUUUAGGUGUUAUAUGCAUUGAGCAAUUUGUUUUAAAGGUAAAAGGAAACAGUGUCAUGUGUUAUUCUUGAACUACAUUUUGCACACUUUAAUUACAAGAAAUGUGCCAUUUCUAUGCAAACAGUUCGUUAUUACAUUUAUUUGAUUAACUUCCCCGUUGGCAAAACAGUAUAUUUCUUGUCAAGGUCAACUUUGAACAAUAACAAUAACAAUUAUCUAAACGAUCAAGAACUGACUUGAAUCAUUCCGAAUUUAUGCAUGUAUUCGUACUGCUGAAUGUAAAAUGUCUAUAAUCUUUGUUUUUUAUGAAUUUAUGUUUACUUUUCGAGUUUGUUUGAUAAAUAUUUUAAUGAACAUGA